UCUGGCCAUCCAACGGCCGCGCCUGGCUGUCGACCUGCGCUUUUGCACUGUCGAAGCCGUCUUGCUGCGCUGUAUCGGUUUUCCCGCUUGUUUGAACACUGCGCCCCAGCGGUGCACAAGGCGCCUCCAAGAUGGUCGUACCGCGGGAAGUAAUGGACGCUGCGGAGGCUGGCAAUAUCACAGUAGUGCGCGAGUGGCUCGAGAGCGGUGGCGACGCGAAUGACAGGAGCCAAAACGGCAGCAAUGCGCUACUCGCGGAUGUUUGUGGGGCAGGCGGGCAAGGCGAGAUCUCAGAGGCUCACCUCGACGUGGUGCGUCUGCUAAUAGCACGCGGUGCAGACGUCAAUGGUGCCGAAUCGAAUGGGUUCGGCCCCCUACAUUGUUGUACCGUUUAUCCAGAGCACAGCUGGUACGGGCCCAUAAUAGGGCUCAUCCUAGAGGCCGGCGCCAAUGUGCAUGCGAAGACUGGCGAUGGAGAAACUCCCUUGGGUGUGACGUUGGCCUGCUCAAUUUGGAACGGAACGGACACGGCGAGUUCGUGUCUAGACGUAGUUACCAGAUUGCUUCGAGCCGGGGCGGGGCUGGACGCAAUCCAACGCGAUAGAAGUGCUGAAGAUAUGCUGCGUAGCGAGGAAGCGCAUAAUUCCAGAUUGUUCCCUGACUUCUACGUCUGCAAAACUCUCAUAUCAGACUAUCGAGCGGCCGGACAAACCUGGAAGGGCUACGUUCGAGCGCUACCCAAGGAGCUGCUCCGCCUCCGGUCGCUCGUCGCGCGCGGCCGCGCACGAGAGAAAGUGCGGACGCGCACGAAGACGCCGCGCGAGAUCGCGCUCCUCUUCGCGCCGGCGUUUCCGAACGAGCUCUUCUGGAAGGUCUCUGAGUACUGGAACCCGCGCUCCUAG